CCCAAUGUUCAAAAAACAACAAAUGAUGAUGUUGCCGCUUUUUCAAUUUCUCGUCGUUUCCGCCGAGCGGAUAGAACACAGCAAGCAGACAAAGUGAGGCUGUGCCUUGGUUUGUUUUACUUGACAAGACAAUGGAAGGGCAAACUGUGUUACAGCCUAACAUAGUACAGCAACAUUGUAAAGAGUAUGAGGAGAAACAACGCAAUGCAAUGGUAUCAUGUAUUUGUCAAAUACUUAUUUCCAUUGUCACAUUUGCUAUUGGAAUUAAAAUUUAUACAAUGGUUGAAAAUAUACGAAUUGGUGCAUUUUGGCCAGCAAUAGUUUUAAUUAUUGGAGCAGUUGUUUCCAUGGCAGGCGUGUACUUAAAAGCAGCUGGCAGAGGUUGGAUGAUAGCUGGCGUUAUUUUGACAUGCAUUGGAAUUGCAAUGGCUUUUAUAGGUGCAAUUGUCGAUGGUGUAGGAGCAGGUCUAGUAGCUAGAACUGACUUCAGUAGAUGCUCCCAUAUUUCCCAUGCUAUUGAGAUGCACUGCCCAGAAGCUUCUUCUACUGGUUUUGUAGAUAUUUCCGGUGGAGAUUAUUCUUGUACUCUUCCACUGGCUGACAGUAGCUGUUAUUGUUGCUAUUUAUAUUCUGAAAGAAAAUGUGAGCCUCUAUACUUCAGUUUAUCAGCUCAGCCCUAUAAAUAUGAAGGUGUAGAGUCAUGUGGACAGAUUCAGUUCACUUAUAAUAAUCUACUGUGGGCAUCAGUUGCUUUCAGUGUUGUUAGUUUCUUCGUUGGCGUCGUGUGUGCAGCCCUCGUCUGUGCUUUUAAGUCAUUGGAUUCCCCAUCUGAUGUAGCUCUUAGUCAAUACCCAGUCACUGAUGAGAGGACAUUUCCAAGAAGCCCUACAGGAACAACUACUACAGUUAUCACUACACAGAGUACAGCACCAGUAAAUGGGACAACCAAUACACCAGUUGUUAUUUACAAUGCCACCAACUCGCAGGUGGUUGCAUACACUGCAGGUGCCAUCACUCCACCUCCAGAGUAUGUCCCCAAUCCAUACAUGCAACAGUCAUCACAUGGAAUGCCUGGACCCACACAUGGAGCAUAUCCAUAUGCACCUCCACUUGGACCACCACCCAAUGCUACCCCACCACAUCUUUUGAUGUAUGGAGGGGAAAAACCACCUCCAUAUUCCCUCUGAUAGGAGAUGUCAGCACCAAAGCC